AUGGAAAACACACAAGAAUUAAGCGAAAAUAUUAUAACAAUAAUACGACAAGAAAAAAAUCCUAUCUUUGAAAGAGGAGGGCGAACAUUGGCGAUUACAAAAAUGCCCGAAAAACAAGAACCAAGAUUAUUAAGAAUUGACAGAGCGAUAGGCGAAGCAGUUUAUAAUCUAGCGGGGAAAUCUGAGGAACAAGGCUAUAAUGAGUUUUUAAAGAAAAACCGCGAAAUAUGCGAAAAGCGGAGAAUUGAGGAAGCGAAACGAGAAAAAAAAGAGCGGGAGGAGUAUUGA